AUGUUGGACACAAAAAAGUUGAAUAACUUCUUUCUUAGGAGUUCUAAUUCGGGGAAAAACUCAUCUUUAGGGCUAUUAUCAGAAUGGACCUCAAUUGUAAAAGUUGAUAGACAAACAUCCAAGGAUAAAGGGAAUACUCUUAUAUUACCAUCAAUAUCUCCUGGUUUAAUAAAGGGAAGUGAUAUAUUAGAAAGCUUGUUAACUUCUUUCAAGGCAUCUGCUGGUUUUUGGGAAGAUCUUCAAUAUGAUAUCAACAAAAAACCACCCUUUAUAAAUGACUCGAACGAAAUUGAACUUAGUUUACAUUGUAACCUUUGGAACAGAAGUAAAGUUUCUGUUUUAUUGGAAGCCCCGUUAGCACUAAGAUCUUACAAUGAUAAUUUGCCCUCUUUGGGAUACUUUCAAAAAUUAGAAAUUAAUGCUCAUUUCACCCACCUAAUUGAAGAACCUUUGGAAAUUUCUUUUAUCAAGACCCAUUUCAAUGAAUUUUUAUCUUCGCUGAUAAUAUCGCAAUUGGAGUUCCAAUAUCCACUGGUCUUUUCUAAUCUUACAAGAAAGAGAUUUUUUUGGCAAGAAAAAGAUAUUGGACCAGUUUCUUACGCUUUAACCGACUCUUCCAGCUUACUUCCAACACUGGUAACUUUAAUGAAUAAUGAUACUACUGCCACAACGGCUUAUCAAUUGUUGGAAUGUCGAUCCAACCGAUUUGAUCCCAUUUGCUUUAAAAUUCUUCAAUAA